UGUCUGUGUGUGUGUGUGUGUUAAAAUAUCACGCCCUAUCUACAUGAAAAUCCAUCACCCAGGCUAUGUAAUUUUCUCAAAGGUUUUAAAUAAAUCAGAUUUCGAUGUAAUAUUCAUGUAACGAACACCUGUUCCUCCUGCCUUACCUUCGCCAGGCCUUUGAACUGCACUCGUUUGCGAACCACUAUGAAGAGAAGAAGAUUUUUACUCGCCUUGCUGGUCGGAGUCUUCGUAGGAACGUUCAUCAUCGACAAGUCAGCGACGCCUAAGAAAGACCUCUACAAGUCGUUUACUGCUGAGGAAAGCACUAGCGAGAAGCCUACUCUCGCAUCAGAAGUCCUAACAGAUAAAAGGGAUUUUCUUUACGCAUACGAUAAUGUGCCUCAAGCCAGGCCACUGGACGAGGACAUGACCAGUAGUCUGACCCUUGACCCGGUCAUCCUCAGCGGGUCGGAUCAUGACGAGGCCAUGGCCGGUCUCAUGAGCCAACGGCAGGCGUACUUGCGUAGCCAGUGCAGUGCGACCAAUGCGAAGAAGGUCAAAGCAGCUUUGAAAUGGAAGACGAGAGUCACGCUGAUCGCACAUGGAUUUUUCCGUGUCUGUGCAACCCCCAAGGGAGGUUCUACGUCGUGGCGGCGUCUAACACUGCGGAUGCCGAAAGAUGUGGUUGGCCGCUCCCCGCCAUUGCAGAUCCUGAAUGUCAGACAUCCCUUAGCCCGCCUCGCCUCCGCGUACAGAGACAAAUUCCUGGGAGGAUUGCCCCUUUACAAGUACGACGAGGAAUGGCGUCAAAGAACGAAGUCCCGGAUGCCUUGGUACAACGAGUGGGAGACCUUCUGGUUCUCAGCGCUCGCAGCUCGAGGCUCGCUUCCCUUCCGGCCCAAUCUGCGGCUGAGGGCCAAGAACGCAACUUACUGGGCCAACGUGGACCACGGAAGAGAGAUUUACAAAGUCCUGAAAACCUCCCAUGGCAAAGCCGGCUACAAUUUGAGAAGCGCUUUCCGCAACGCCUCCUUCACCUUCGAGGAAUUUCUCCGCUACGUGAUCUGGACGCAUGAUGUCGGUUUCAUGAACAAGCACUGGGCGCCUCUCGUGUUCCUGUGCAACCCCUGCAAGCACAGAUACGAUUUCAUUGUCCACCUGGAGACCAUCACUCCCGAGUUCAACUACGUCAUGAAAUUCCUGAAUCACACGGAGGGCGUAGAGCUCAAGGAAGAUCACAAGACAAAGACCACGAACCGAUCGGAUGCUUACCUCUUUAAGGACAUACCGAAAGAUGUAAUGAAAAGAAUACUGGAGAUUUAUAAAUUUGAUUUUGAGUUAUUCGGAUACAGAUAUCCCUCUCUCUGAUGCAGCUUUGUGUUAUAUAAACGAAUUUACUGUACAUAUUGAUUUUUAACGAUAUUCGUCGGGUAAAUUAGAAGGUAGAUAAAUAUCCAGAUGAUAAACAGAGAACUGAAAAAAAAUGUAGAUAACAUAUACUCAUAUAUACGUAUACACGCAAGUGAGUGACAGGUAUAUAAGCAGUAUGUAAGCGAGAGAGAGCGAAUGAGAGUAAAGUGACAUUGACUAGAUCGAAGGACAGUGAUUUGGUCAUCCAAAUUACUGUAAUUAAGCACACAUGUGCGAAUCCCCACCAAGGUUCAGGUGCUGCAAUUAAUUAGCUUCGUUUCACUGAUUAUGUAUUUUUCAUGUGCAGACCAAUAUGAAACACGUAUGAUACAUGUUAUUCAGCUGUUUUGAUAUACUUUUAUAAUAAAAAAAUCAAAAUAACGUUAGUAACAUAAGUGAUAAUUACGUGAUUCUGAUACGGUGGGAAACGGCAGUGCAGACACACGUGAUGAUAUCAACUGAUCAUCACAAAUAAAAGUAAGUGAUGUCUGGAUACAUUUAUUUUUCAGUUUCUUAAAGCAACAUACAUUUCGAGCCUCUGAUUUUUUCCGAGAUAAUUAGAGGAUAGUGAAUCUUUAUCCCAUAAGAUUAACGGAAUUCAUACGGAACAAAUGUUAAAUUUGUACACGUAUCUGGUUAACUCAUACCCUCUAAAACACCUGCCGAGAGAGAGAGAGAGAGAGAGAGA